AUGAGCAGCUAUGAGGAGGUGAUACGUAUGAAUAAAUGCUACAUUAAUGGACAGCCAACUAUGACUGACUCUGCACACCUCCCAUACCUAUCGGAAGAACUGUGUAUUCUUAAACAUCUUUUGGGAAAAUGUUUAGACUUGCUGGGUGCUGUUGCUCUGUUUAUAUUUAUAAUCCCUCUAUUCAUUAUCCUUCUUAUCUACCUUUCUGCUUUAUUCCUCCUAAUCUAUCAGAAGACCCAUAACCUGAAAGGAGAUUAUUGCAGUAAUAUAUGGGAUAAUGGACGACUGAUUUUAAGUACCAUGUGGGAUAAAUUUGCAAGAUUUUGGAAUGGUUAUGAACUACAUGGCACAGAAAACCUACCAGAUGGACCAGCUCUACUUAUUUAUUAUCAUGGUGCAAUACCCGUAGACUACAUGUACUUUUUAGCCAGAUAUUUUAUUUUGAAACGGCGGUGUUGUUACUCAAUAGCUGAUGACUAUCUCUUCAGAUUUCCAGGUCUUAGAUCUUUAACAAGUGUAAUGUGCAUUAUGCCUCGUACAAAGGAAGAAUGUUUAAAUAUUCUAAAAAAUGGCCAUCUACUGGGAAUUUCCCCUGGGGGCGUUCGAGAAGCACUCUUUAGUGAUGAAUCAUAUAAACUUGUAUGGCAUAAACGGAAGGGUUUUGCUCAUCUGGCUUUAGACGCUAAAGUGCCCAUCAUUCCGAUGUAUACACAAAAUGUACGGGAAGGAUUUAGGGUCUUUGGACGAACAACAUUAGCAAGGUGGAUAUAUGAAUACAGUCGAUUACCUUUCCUUCCUCCAUAUGGUGGAUUACCAGUCAAAUUUCGUACAUAUAUUGGAGAACCCAUUCCAUAUGAUCCAAAUAUAACUGCUUUGGAAUUAGCUACAAAGACUAAGGCUGCACUCCAAUCAUUAAUUCAAAAGCACCAGCAAAUUCCUGGAAGCAUCUUUAAAGCACUAAUGGACAGAUUUCACAAAUAA